AUGUCCAGCCAUAUCCCAUUUGAUAUCAUAACUAGAAUCCUCUCCAAUCUUGACAUCAAGACUCUCCUAUGCUUCAGGAGCGUGUCAAAAGAAUGGCGUUCUUUAAUAGACAGCAAUGGUUUUAUCAACACCCAUAUGAGCCUUUCAAUCAAAACCAACACUAACAACACCCUUCUUAUUCUUGGAGAAGGAGGCCUUAAUCCCAUAAACUUCGACGAUCUUUCUCCUGGUGACCUAUUAAACUUGCAAGACCAACCAUUUAUUUCAAUAGGAUGGCAAGAUGUUCGUCUAAUGGGUUCUUGUAAUGGUUUGGUGUGUUUAAGCAAUGAUGAUGGUGACGUUGUUAUACUUAAUCAAUCAACGCGAGAACAUAAAGGGAUACUGUCUCUUGUUCGACAUAGAUUUGAACUUUCUGUUAGUUCGGCACCAGAUGAGCAUUGGGUUUGGGGAAACGGAUAUGGGUUUGGUUACGAUGCAGUUUCUAAUGACUAUAAGGUUGUGAGUAUUGCCAGGUUUCUUGGAAUAGGUUUUACUAGUUUCAAAGAAUCAGAAAUGACAAUUUAUAGUGCAAAGAAAGAUUUGUGUUGGGUUAUUAAGAUCCCUUAUGCUAUGCCGUUUACGAAUGAUAAAAUGGGUGUUUACGUUCAUGGAUCAUUGCAUUGGAUUGCUAAGGGGUUUGGUAGUUGGAGGGAUAGAAUUGUUGGCUUUGAUCUUGGAUUGGAUGAGUUUAGAGAGGUGCCACAACCUGAUUAUGGGGGUAAUGUGCUUGACAUUGAUCUUGGUGUGUUGGGCAGUUGUUUGUGUGUGUUUGCUAAAUUUAGAGAUGGGAGUGCUGACGUUUGGGUUAUGAAAGAAUAUGGGGUUAAGGAGUCUUGGAGUGAGGUGUUCUCUAUUUCGCAAAAUGUGUUGUUUUAUGAUUCAGUAAGGCCGUUGAGUUACUCUAGGAGAGGUAGAGAGGUUUUGUUAGAAUUGGAUGCGAAAAGACUUGUUUGGUAUGGCAUGGAAAGUAGAAGGGUUGUGGAUGUUGUGAUUCAAGGAAGGAAGAAAGAGCGCUUGGAAGCAAUUUUAUGUUUGAAUUCCCUUGUUCCUCCUGAUGGUAAUGACAGAGUUGUUAACAGUCAGCAGCCGACGAAAGAGCAAAAGAAGAACGAAGAAGAAGAGGUAUUGCUUGAUCUUUGUUUUACUUGGAGUCCUGGGAUUGAUGAUUGA